GCACUAGACAAAGCAUAACUUUAUCUGUUUUGUAUAUUUGAAUUAAAUAAUUUGUUGAUGAGGCACUCUCAUUUCUAUAAAUUGCACCCUGCACGAAGGCUCUUCUCACAGCAUACAGUUGCAGAGGUGGUAAAGUGAGAGAGAAAAUAAUAAUAAUAGAGAAAUGGAGAAUUUUCCAGUUGUUGACAUGGGGAACCUUAACAAUGAAGAGAGAGGAGCAACCAUGGAGAAAAUAAAGGACGCCUGCGAGAACUGGGGUUUCUUCGAGCUGGUGAACCAUGGAAUAUCCGUAGAGUUGAUGGACACUGUGGAGAGGGUGACGAAAGAGCACUACGAAAGGUGUAUGGAGCAAAGGUUCAAGGAAAUGGUGGAAAGCAAAGGUUUGGAGUGUGCAGAGUCCGAAAUCAAUGACAUGGAUUGGGAAAGCACCUUCUUUUUGCGGCAUCUUCCUGAGUCUAACAUUUCAGAGAUCCCUGAUCUGGGCGAAGAACAGAGGAAGGUGAUGAAGGAGUUUGCAGUGGAACUGGAGAAACUGGCUGAGCAAGUUCUUGAGUUGGUGUGUGAGAAUCUUGGGCUGGAGAAAGGGUAUCUGAAGAAGGUGUUUUAUGGGUCAAAGGGACCAAAUUUUGGGACGAAAGUGAGUAACUACCCUCCUUGUCCGAAGCCAGAGCUGAUAAAGGGUCUGAGAGCUCACACAGAUGCUGGUGGCAUCAUUCUACUGUUUCAAGAUCACAAGGUCAGUGGAUUGCAGCUCCUCAAAGAUGGCCACUGGAUCGAUGUUCCCCCAAUGCGCCACUCCAUUGUCAUCAACCUUGGGGACCAACUCGAGGUGAUUACGAAUGGAAAAUACAAGAGUGUGAUGCACCGUGUGAUUACACAGAGCGAUGGGAACAGAAUGUCCAUAGCGUCGUUUUACAAUCCGGGGAAUGAUGCAGUGAUAGCUCCAGCAGAAGCGUUGGUGAAGGAAGAUGAGAAUACCAAAGUUUAUCCCAAAUUUGUUUUUGAUGAUUACAUGAAGCUCUAUGCUGGGCUUAAAUUCCAGGCCAAAGAGCCCAGGUUUGAAGCUAUGAAGGCCAUCCAAUCAUCCACCGUUAAUUUUGGCCCAAUAGCAACUGUCUAAGCCUCAACUUCUUCAACCUUCAACCUUCAACCGUUAUAUUAUAUUAUAUUAUUAACUAUAAGAAUAAUAAUAAUAAUAUAUAUGAGUACUUGUAUGUUUGUUUGCUAUGGGUGCCUCGUUAUGCAUGUGUAGCAUAAACCAAAUUUAUGGUUUGAAAAUAAAAGAUUAGUUUGAUAUGAUAAUUGUUUAUUUAUGUAAUGUGAGUGAUGCUUAAUGUUAUAAAGUGUCUCUAAAUGCCAACUUUAAUAAUAACUGGUGGAGGAAUUUUUCGCCUUUACUA